CUCUGGUUUUUUUUUCCUCCGUGGAGUAGAAAACACCCCGGGACCAGAGAGCCUGAGAGACCGGCGGAGAGCAGCUUCAGCCGGCCUUAUGCUCCAGAGCUGCUCGGUGCUUCUCACGGUUCUGUCCCCCGGAGUUUCUGCGGAGAGUCUGCCCGGAAACGAGCAACGCGAUGCGGGAUGUUCACCUGGACAACGAGACCUGCAGGAACGGGUCGGGGGUGCAACUGUGGUGCGGCUCUCAGUCUGUGGUGUGUUCAGUCUCUGGAGAUCAAACAACGCUACACACACACCUGGAGAACAGCACGCUUACUACAGAUGUUUAUCCAGACAGCAGCUCUUACCGCCCGUGGGUCGGCCUCUCUCUGGCGCUGCUGUCGGCCGUCCUGAUUGGUGGAAGCGUGAUCCUGAAGAAGAAAGCUCUGCUCCGAUUGGCCGACAGUGGAAACACCAGAGCAGGUGACGGAGGACACGGCUACCUGAAGGACUGGCUGUGGUGGGGAGGCCUGCUGACCAUGGGAGUGGGAGAGGUCUGUAACUUCGCCGCCUACAUGUUUGCUCCGGCCACGCUGGUGACGCCGCUCGGCGCCCUGAGUGUCCUCAUCAGUGCAGUUCUGUCCCCCUACCUGUUGGGAGAGCAGCUGAACGUGGUGGGGAAACUGGGCUGUUUACUGUGUUUGUUGGGAAGCAUCCUGCUGGUGAUCCAUGCCCCACAGGAACAGGAAGUGACAUCACUACAGGACAUGACCAACAAGCUGCUGGAGCCCGGGUUCCUGGUGUACGUGUCGGCCGUGCUGCUGCUGUGCUCGGUGCUCGUUGUGUAUUUCUCUCCCCGGGUCGGUCGCUCCAACAUCCUCGUCUACAUCAGCAUCUGCUCGCUGCUCGGGGCGUUCACCGUCGCCUCCGUGAAGGGCCUCGCCAUCGCCAUCAACACCGUGGUUGAUGAUAUUUCAGUGCUGGCGAACCCCCUCACCUGGAUCCUGCUGUUAACGCUCAUCGUCUCCAUAGUAACACAGGUAAACUACCUGAACAAGUCUCUGGACACCUUCAACACGCUGCUGGUGUACCCCAUGUACUACGUCCUCUUCACCUCCGUGGUGCUGUCCACCUCCAUCAUCCUCUUCCAGGAGUGGAGGAGCAUGGAGCCCGUGGACGUGGUCACCACGCUGGGAUCUUUCCUGGUCAUCGUGGUGGGCGUCGCCAUGCUCCACCUCUUCAAGGAGCUGCAGAUGACCAUGAAGCAGCUGACCAAUCAGCUGUCGGCUCCGGUGGAGAGGGCGGGGCUAGCAGAGGAGGUUCCAGCCAAUGGAGGAGCAGCAGGAAGCAGGAGUAAGAAGGUGGAUAAAUACGGACUUAUGGACAACAUGGUGAUCGAGAGUCUUCCUCCCAUGAGAGAGGAAGGACCGAGGGUCUUCAUCAUCAGCUGAAACUGAAGAAGAGACUUCUGGACUUUGUAGUUUUCUACUGACUGAUUUAAAUCUCUGAGCGCUUUUUAUUUGAAGUGUUUUUACUCUCAGCUCACCGUCCAUCACAGAACAAAUCUCACCUGAACGGAAACUCUUCCCAAGGAGUCACUUCAUGCGUCUAAUUAUGGGAUGUUUAAACAAAUAUAAUGUAAACACAUUCAAAUGAUACUGAAGUUUGAUUGAAAUGUGACCUUGGAGGAUGUUUAGGAAACGCUCUGCUGUGAAUCUACGACUCAAAGGUCCGAGUGAUAUGGAACUCUUUAUUUGUUUUAACAGCAGCUGCUUUGUAAAGAUGUCACCUGACACCUGUUUGAGCGAGGACUCAUGUAAAAUAAUAACCUGUAGGUGUUUAAAGUCCCACACACACACACACACACACACCCCUGCUUCAGUGUAACCUGAGAACACAGACUCACAGUGAAUGCUGCAGACACUACGCCUUAGAACUGUUUUAUUUCUAAACAUUAAACCCUUUUAUUUUAUUGUCUUAAAUCUCUCUGUUAGUAAUCAGAUAGAUGAAGAUGUUGGCAAUUAUUGUAAUAAUACUUUAAUAGUUUUAAGUGCAGAAAUAUUGACAAAUGAAAUGAAUAUCGUUUCAUCAAACAUUGUUGUGAGCUUAAUAAAACCAAGACAUUUAUAAA